AAACAACAUGCCACACAGGGUCUGAGCAGCAGUCACGUGUGGGGCGUUCAUUAGACCCUGCCAUAUAAGCUGAGGGCACGGAGUGGCCAGAAACUCUCCAGGCAAGGAUCCAGCAAGCAGAGGUCAUGCUGCCCGCAGUGCUGCUGAGCUGUGCUCUGCUGCUGGCACUGCCCCCCAUGCAGGGGGCCGGCAUGGGCCUGGCCCCACUGGAAGGCAUCAGAAGUCCUGACCAGGCCCUGUUCCCAGAGCUCCCAGGCCUGGGCCUGCAGUCCGCGCUGAAAAGGACAGCUGCAGAACAGUCAGGAGAGGCUCUGCUGCAGGAGGCUGAGGCCUUGGCAGAGGUACUAGAUCCGGAGGGCCGAGAGUCACGCUCCCCACGUCGCUGCGUAAGGCUGCAUGAAUCCUGUCUGGGACACCAGGUACCAUGUUGCGACCCAUGUGCCACGUGCUACUGCCGUUUCUUCAACGCCUUCUGCUACUGCCGGAAGCUGGGUACUGCCAUGAACCCCUGCAGCCGUACCUAGUGGGCGAACGUCGGGUCCGGGGCUCUACAUGGGGUAGUGAAUAAAGGC